AUGCGGCCCUCGACCCUGCCCACCCUCCUCUCGUGCGCCGCUGUCGCAACGGCAGCCGCAACGACCAACGGCACCUCCGAGACGACGAUCCCGAACGUCGUGCCCGCCGUCUGGGACGGGGAAUGCUACUACCCCACGCCGGACUCCGCGUUCGAUCUCGAGAGCUAUCUCGGCCGCUGGUACCAGGUCGCCGGAACCGUUGCGCCUUUCACAGCCGGGUGCAAGUGCAUUUUUGCGCAGUACUCUCUCAACGACAACGGCACCGUGCUGGUAAACAACACCUGCCAGGCCGACACCACCCCGGUCAACAUUCUUGGAACCGCCGCGCCCGCCGAUCCGUCGUACGGCGCCAAGGGCGUUCUCCGCGUGCAAUUCCCCGGUCAACCGGCCCCCAGCUGCGCGGGCCCGAAUUACAUCGUCCAAGAUUACACCCCCGACUUCGCCGUCGUGCAAGCCUACAACUUCAGCACCUUGUUCGUGCUCAGUCGCGAACAGAACCCCGCCGAUGAGGUCCUCGAUACGUGGAUUGCGCGCGCCGGGCAACUCGGCUCCAACCUCGACAACGUUGUCAAGACCGACCAGACCGGUUGCCUGUUCACCUGA